CUUGGGUGAAAUUGCAUUUCCCAAAGAAAAGUCGAAAACCCUCAUCCCAUCUUUGUUUACAUUCCACAUAGCGACAUCUUCGGCCAAAGAGGGAAGAACUUUCCCAGUCGGGGUAAAAGUUGCAGCCAGAUUGAUCGGCUUAAAGCCGCUACGACUAAAUGGCCAACAAACACCGGCCGCUAAAUGAUCAUUAAGACGACAGACGCAGACCGUGUGGCAAAGAGUUGGCUAAGACUGUGGAUCGGAGGCAGUGGCUUAGAGCUUCAUCGGCUUGAUUGGCGACGUACAUAUGUGCAACUUCACUUUCCAUUUAAUCUCGUUUUGGUGGCGCGGUGCGGUUCAGUGUGGUGCAACGCAGUGGUGCCGCACAAUUUGUCCCGUGGAAAUCGAAAGCCGAUUUUCAUGUCAAUAUUUUUGUUUAAUAAACUGGCCGACUGGAGUCGUCUGCGCAUGCGGAAAAUAUGCAAAUUACCAUCGACGGGCAUCAUAAGCUGCCCCCCAGGCGAUGCGACGCAACAAAUGUGCACUGGGAGAAAGUGCAUUGAUGCUGAUGCAGGGGCACAAAAACACAGAUUCAGAUACACCGCCAGCGAAGUUGCGUUGACCGAUUGAACGAAAGUGCAGGCAGCAAAAGAUACGGGAUGAAAGAUGAAAGUUGUCCGCGAGUAGAAUGACGAUGCUGAAAGUGCAAGUGGCUAGGCGGAUCGAUCGAAUCGAUGUAAGACGGUUACGGUUAUGGAGACAUCAGAUUGGUGCAGGUGUCAACUCAGGUUGCACGAGUGGUUUCCCUUUUGGAAGAUUCGGAAUCCCAACUGACAGAACUUGGAGUUGAAAGACGAGUGUGUGAAUUGAAUGGUGAAUAUCUUGACAAUGUAAAGUGUUAAGCGAACACUAAUUUGAAAUAUUUAAUUUAUUAACUUAUUUAAUUCUUAACCUUAUUUAAUAAGAGCUUUAAAUAAGGACAAAUAGAAACAACUGAGUGCUUAACUUCCUUGACAUUUACUUAAAAGGCGUGAAUAAAAGGUUAGGCUUUAUAAAAGCAUUUAAAUCCUGAAAAAUGUUUAAAUACUGGCCCCACAACCGGUCAACUUUCCCAAUUUAAAGCUUGGGAUUUUACCGGACACCAAAUUAGUCGAGCCUUUUUUAUCCCCUUUCCCCUGUCAGACAUUUGUCAAUCGUUUUUUUAUUCCAUUUCGCCGGAACUUGUGGACAAUUUGCCAAAGCACCGCCAAACAAAACUCGUACAGCGAUUUUCCUUCGCAUUGGCCAUGGUAAUUAAUCAAACUGCUGCCAUCCGCCGAAAAGCGUUCGAGUCGAUGGCUGAACACAAAAAUUCGUUGAAAGCCGAAAAUGUGCAACGACCGCUCUUAAAACUGGCAGCCACCGACCGAACAAUUCAAAAAGCCAGGCCAACGUGUGGUGAUAGCCAGAAAGUUGGCUCAAAAUUUAUAUCAAUCGAAUGUCGUUGGCCAGGAUCGUUAAGAUACUC